AACAUGGCGACGGUGCUUAAAGGUGUCGCUUGCCUCGUCGCUGGGGGAGCUAAUGGUUUAGGUCGAGCUGCUGCGCAGAAAUUGGUUCAGCAGGGCUGUAGAGUUGUAAUAGCAGAUCAACCAUCGAGUGAAGGAGACAAAGUUGCCGGUGAUCUUGGAGAGAAAUGUGUAUUUGUUCCCACUGAUGUUUCAUCAGAAUCUGAUGUGAAGCAAGCCAUUAAAACAGUUGUAAACAAGUGUGGUCCACUGCGUAUUGCUGUGAAUACCGCUGGUAUAGUGAAACUAGCAAAAACUUUGUCAGACGACGGUGAGGUCCACCCUCUUGAUAUUUUUGAAGAAAUAUCUAAGAUCAACUUGACGGGAACAUUCAAUGUGACUCGGCUUGCAGCGCAACAAAUGGCUACAAAUGAACCUGAUGAGGGUGGGGAGAGAGGAGUAAUUAUUAACACCUCCAGUGUUCAUGCCUAUGAUGGACAGUCAGGAAAGGUGGCAUAUUCAGCAUCAAAAGGAGCCAUUAACUCUAUGACACUUCCUUUAGCGAGAGAUCUAGGACGGCAUGGUAUAAGAGUGAAUACAAUUGCACCAGGAAUGUUCUUAACUCCAAUGUUAACCAAAUCAAGACCAGAACCAUCAGAACAACAGAAGAUGGCUCAGAUAGUUCCAUUUCCCAAGCGCAUUGGAGACCCAGCGGAGUUUGCGCAGCUUGUACAAACAAUCAUUGAAAAUAAAAUGAUUAACGGUGAAGUUAUUCGGAUUGAUGGCGGCGUGAGAAUGCCAUGAUUACGAAGGAAAUUUUCAAUUUUUCGCGGACCUCUGCGUUCAAAACGGAAAGGUUGUCACUUACCUCAUUAACUUUUUCAGUUACAAGUUACUCGAGAAGACUCUAAUGAAAGGCUUGUUUUCAAUAUAAGUACUUGUAAAUACGACGAUAGUUUUAAGUUUCAAUCGUAAGCUCGACAUCACUGUAAGAAGUCAAGUGUAUGGCCAUGACCACAAAAACGUGGGCUUUUAUUUUUUGGAACUUUAUCUUCUAUUGAAGGUUUUUCAGUUUCAAUCGCAAACUGGAUAUCACUGACGGGAAAUAAACCCUUUGAUUGCCAAGAUCUGAUUGUUAAUUCUCCCCUCUGGUUGCUACACUUUUCCUUGGAAAUUAGUUUCGAGAAUUUGGUGUUAGAUCAUGAUAACAACUUCUACCUGAUAAGUUGGAGUAUUCUCAUUACCAAUUUGGUGUACAAUGUUCAGAUAGUAUAAGGUGGAGUGACUUGUUAAUCAUUUCUGAGAGUUAGAGGGUUAAGUGCACGGAGAUAACCUCCUAAACGUGGGUUCUUGUUUUGGAAAAUUCAGUUCCUCUAUUCGGAAAUUAGUUUGUACCGAUGAGAUGUUAAAGAAAAACUCACCGCCAAAGAAACUUCGUCACACAAGCGAUUUUGAAACGGUAUUAACAGAAUAAGGAAAGAAUUCUUCUAAUUCUGGCGCUUAGACUGACUCUUUCGU